AUGGCCGGAAGUGUACGCAACAAGAACCACAACGACGAAAACAACAACGAAGCUACCCGAACAGCACCGUACCAUCCUCAAUCCAACGGAUUAGCUGAACGUUUCGUGGACACGCUGAAACGCACGCUCCGGAAAAUUCGCUCCGGGGGAGAAACACUGGAGGAAGCACUGCUGCUUCUUCUCCAAGUUUACCGAACAACACCAACAGCAGAUCUCGGUAACAAAUCUCCAGCAGAAAUAAUAGUCGGUAUGUCAAUCCGAACUGUUUCGUCGAUUCUUCUACCAACCACUCAAUGCUUUCCAGCAACGCAGACUGAAGAACAAACCGACAAGAAUUGUGCAGUCUCAAGGCAGUUCGCUCCUGGUGAUUCUGUGUACGUUUAG